GUUCGGGUCGGUGAAGUGUGGUAGUGAGUUCAGCCAGGCGGCGGCGGGAGGCGACGCGAGUCGGACGGCGCGCCCGGCCAUGCCGUCGCGGGUGGAGGACUAUGAAGUGCUCUACACCAUCGGCACCGGCUCCUACGGCCGCUGCCAGAAGAUCCGGAGGAAGAGCGACGGCAAGAUACUAGUUUGGAAAGAGCUUGAUUAUGGCUCCAUGACAGAAGCUGAGAAACAGAUGCUUGUUUCUGAAGUCAAUUUGCUUCGUGAACUGAAACAUCCAAACAUUGUUCGUUACUAUGAUAGGAUUAUUGACCGAACCAACACAACCCUGUACAUUGUGAUGGAAUAUUGUGAAGGAGGGGACCUGGCUAGUAUAAUUACAAAAGGAACCAAGGAAAGGCAGUACUUAGAGGAAGAGUUUGUUCUUCGAGUGAUGACUCAGUUGACGCUGGCCCUGAAGGAGUGUCACCGCCGAAGUGAUGGUGGCCACACCGUGCUGCAUCGGGAUCUGAAACCAGCCAAUGUCUUCCUGGAUGGCAAGCAGAACGUCAAGCUUGGAGACUUUGGGCUAGCGAGGAUAUUAAACCACGAUACGAGUUUUGCAAAAACAUUUGUUGGCACACCUUACUACAUGUCUCCUGAACAAAUAAAUCGCAUGUCUUACAAUGAGAAAUCAGAUAUCUGGUCAUUGGGUUGUUUGCUGUAUGAAUUGUGCGCAUUAAUGCCUCCAUUUACAGCUUUUAACCAAAAAGAACUAGCUGGGAAGAUCAGAGAAGGCAAAUUCAGGAGAAUUCCAUAUCGGUACUCUGAUGAAUUAAAUAAUAUAAUUACAAGGAUGUUAAACUUAAAGGAUUACCAUCGACCUUCUGUGGAAGACAUUCUUGAGAAUCCUUUGAUAGCAGACUUGGUUGCCGAAGAGCAAAGGAAAAAUCCUGAGAGGAGAGGGCGGCGUUUAGGAGAGCCGGAAAAGUUGCAGGAUUCCAACCCAGUGUUGAGUGAGUUGAAGCUGAAGGAAAUGCAGCUGCAGGAGCGAGAGCGAGCCCUCAAAGCCCGCGAGGAAAGACUGGAGCAGAAGGAACACGAACUUUGCAUCCGGGAGAGACUCGCUGAAGACAAACUGGCCCGAGCAGAGAGCCUGGCGAAGAACUGCAGCUUGCUAAGGGAGCGGAGGUUCCUGUCCCUGGCGUGCAGUCCAGAGCUGCUUGAUCUUCCAUCCUCAGUCGUGAAGAAGAAAGUUCAUUUCGGUGGGGAAAGUAAGGAGAACACGAGGAGCGAGGCGCCGGAGAGUCAACUCACCUCCAAGUCCAAGUGCAAGGACCUGAAGAAGCGACUCCACGCCGCCCAGCUUCGGGCUCAAGCCCUGUCUGACAUCGAGAAAACUUACCAGCUAAAAAGCAGACAGAUUCUGGGCAUGCGCUAGUCCAGCCCAGAGCCCAGCACCGUAUCCGCACAGUGCCAACCCUUUAAGAUUCAUUGUUAGCUGCUCUUGCUUUACAUACGUGGUUCUGUGAGCCAGCCCCCUUUUGUAUAGUCAGUGACAUUUUGGAAUGGCUUUUGCUCUUUUCCGCAACAGCUGUACAAGAUGUUCACAUCCUUAAUUUCUCUAAAAGAGUGAUAGGGUCUUGGGUGGUGGGCUUUUAAUCCUGUGAUUACUACUAGCAAUGGCAUAUAUAUUCUAGAUCUUGAGGGAAAAUAAUGUUGAAGAAAAUACCCAUGAGUAGCACUGGCUGGGACUUUUAAAAUGCCUGAGUGAUGUACUUUCAGAUGUCAUGUGCAGUUUUCCAUCGUAUGUCUGAUUUUAAAUGUGCUUGAAUGUAGAAAAUCUUAACUGGAUAUAAAUUGGUCACUGAUACCAAGACAUCUUGUUUAUGCAUAUUUUAUGAUAGGACAUAUCUGUUGCCUUUCUGGAAACUGAUUACUGUGAUGUCUAUAUUCUUUCAUUCUUUUUAAUUCUAUUUAAUAGUAUAUAAAAUUUGCUGUCAUUAAUCUCUU